AUGGAUCUCGCCUACGACCCUCACGCCGAACGCGCUCGUCGCAAGGCCUCCUCGACCUCCCUCAACCGCCUCACACUCGCCCCGUUGACUACGAAGCUGCCCCUGGAUCACGAUGACCAAGCUCUCGUGGACUCCCAGGCCGCCUUUACCACCAUGUCGCGAAGAACGUCCUACAUCCAGGGCAAGUCGGCGCCUACCACUCCUCGCCUUCUCUCCCGCUCCCCUGCCACACCUCGCUCCCGCUCACAGCAACGAACCCCGUCCGAGCCAAGCAUGGCCUUCUCGAAGAGUAAAUCUACUACGCAUCUCGGAUCAGCCCAGGGUCGAAGGUCUUCCCGUGGCCACGGCUCGGCCACACCCCGUCGGAGAAGGGGAGGUCACGAGGACACGAAUGGCCGCACUGACAGCGACUGGUUACUCCGGACGGGAGCCCUCAUGACCUCCGAGUCGCGUGAGUUCAAGGGACAGUCCUGGCUUGUGUCCAGGCAGAGUUCCACGAGCCUCCAGGGCGCACAGGAUGAUGAAGAUGAUGCCUUUGACCAAGAAUUGGUCAUGGAGCGUAGCAACCACCAUCUUGGAAGCAGACGUCCCAGUGUCGGGAUCUUAGAAGACGAUGCCUCCCCUUAUGGAAGCCGUUUCCACAGCCGCCAUGGAAGCAGGUCGCACAGCAUCGUGGAUUUCCGGGACAGUUAUAUUACGCCGUUAGAGCACGUCGAAGGCGAUUCGUACUUUGCAGCUCGCGGGGGUGUAGACAUGGUAGAACCUGACUUUGUCAAUCUCGACGAGAAACUGGAGGAGCUGGAGCAAGACACCGUGCAAGACGACGAGGCUGCUGUCAGAAGAUUAGUUCGACAUGGCCAGUCUGGAACGGGCUCAUGGAUCAGCAAUAUGAUUGGAUGGUCUCUCUUCUCUGUAGAGGAGAAUGAUGAAGAUUCCGAAGACGAGGAGGAUGACUAUGGGUCACUGGAGGACCUAUCGCCUGCGCCUGGGCACUCAGGGUGGUCAGCUCGCCACUUCGAGGGCAUCUCAAAUGUUCCAGAGGAAAAGAUCCCACCACCCGUCACGGAUCAGGGGCCCUGGCAAGAUGCCGCUUGGUUGCUCAGCGUAGCCACCAAAGUCAUGUUUUAG